UGCUCAUCACUUUCCACAGACUGAUGCACAGCCCUGACCUGCAUUUUGUAGCAGAAAAAAAAGCAACUCAGCUGGUAGCAGAUCAUCUCCUUGCACAAUCAGCACAGCUUCCUAUUACCAUGGAUAAACAGCCUGCAGUGGUGUUUCGAAAUGUGGGGCAGCUUUACUUCCCCCAGACUAGAGUGGAGUGUCACUACAGCCUGACCUCAAUGCACCCGUGGAGCAGCAAUGACUGGAUAGGCAUAUUUGAGGUGGGCUGGUCUUCAGUUAAGCAAUAUCACACAUACACAUGGGCUCUUGUUCCUGAAAGCUACACUGAGGGGACCAAUGUCAACUGCUGUGCACUUUUUCAUGCUUUCUACCUGCCUCGCCCUAGUUCAGUGGAGUUUCAGUUUGUUUAUGUGGAUAAGGAUGGAGAGGUGUGUGCCUGUAGUCGCCCUUUCACUUUCUGUGCUCCGAAGCCGCUGGAGGAGCUGGAGACUCUGAGAGAGGAGAGAGAGGAGGAGGAUGGAGAGGAGGAGGAUGGAGAGGAGGAGCUGCUCCUGGUUAUCCCAAGAGCUCAGCUACUUCAGAGUCAGUUGGAUAAAUGCUUAAAAAAACAAGCAGGUUUGCAGCAGGCUCUUGAUGAAGCCAAAAAGAUGGUGGACAACCAGAGAGAGAGCUGCAAAAUAUCAAAGAUUGAGUGGGAGCUUGAAAAAGAAGCGAUGAGGAGCGAGAUCACUGAGCUCAGAGACAACCUGAGAUACAACAGCGACUCGCUGAAGCAGAUAGAAGGAAAACACAAGGAUGUGAAAUACAGUCAGGAAAAUCUGACCUAUGAACUGAGUAAACUCAUGGCUGAAAAAGCUGAGAGUCAGCAGCGAGUCAGAGACCUGGAGGAGGAUAUGAAGGUCCUGACUGACCAUGAGAAGGAAGGAAACAUGGAAUUGGAAAGGAAAGUACUGAAGGAGAGAGUGAAGAAAAUGUCCAGUCAAAUGAAAUAUGAUGAGGAAAAGAGAAAAUUUCUUCAGGUGGAGAAUGAGACAGCUCUGGUGGAGGUUCGAGGGCUGCAGGAUCGUCUGGACGCUGCAGAGCAUGUAGCUGAGGGCCUUCGCAGAGAGCUGAGGGAGCUGGGCACCCGUCAGGGCCAUGCCAACACAGAGCUGCAUCAAGCCCGGCUGCAAGUGGCCCAGCUCACCUUGCAACUGUCUGAGGAUAACCUGCUACUCAGGGAGGAGCGUGCUAGUUGUGCUCUAGAGAGAGAAGCUUACAGACAUGCAGCAGAGUCUGAUAUGAAGAAAUUACAAGAACUGAGCUGUGAGGUGCAGAGGAAAGAGGAGUGGCUUCAGGAGGAGAGGACAGAGAGGGAGAAACUAGAAGUAGAGCUUGGGAGAGAGAGAGAUUGCAUUCGAGUGCUGCUGAGUGAUGCCAAGCAGGAGCUCCAGGAGCUGAAGGCCAGUCUGAGGAGAGCCCAGAGAGAGAGAGAGGAGCAGCAGAUGGAAAAACAGUACCUGAUGAAGCAGCACUGUGACACUUGUGCCAAUGAAAGGAAGCAACUGAUCCUACCAGAACUCAUCAACCCCAUCUUAAGUGAGCUGGCUGACGGCCCAAUGUGGUAACACAGUGAAGGAUGGACAUUCACACGGGACAUAAAAUAAAUCUGGUGGCAUUUUGUGAUUAUUAGAUCAUAGUUUUGUAGCUGUUAAUUUAGGAAGACUGUAUUAAAAAGGUAAUUUUAUGGUGAAAACAUAAAGAUAUGUGUAUUUAAAGUAAACAUGGCCCAACCUCUAAGUCUUGAGUGUCUAGACUGUGAGAUAAGGUUGGCUGAUAGUUUUAUUACUGCUUUAGGAUUUGACUUUCAUACACAGUUUUCCCAGAAUUGCCUUCAGUGUGUUAAGUCUCUGUAAUUCCAUUUUUUUCUACAUUUGUAGCUUUUUUAGCUUAUAAAAAGGGUUAGUUUGCAACUGUGUUGAGGAAAGUGCCAAGAUAUCCUGCUAGUAGCUUGAUUUUAAUACACAACAUCUUGUUUUUUGUGCCUUAUAGCCCCUUGAACUCUGCAUGUGAGUGUGAAUCCUGAUACUGAGUCAAAAGCGCGGGUGUGUGUGUGUAACAGAAAAGUGUGAAAUGUUCUGCUGCAGCUUGUUGAGCACUCUGUCAGGCUGCAAGAACACAAGAGUCAGUUUAUGAUACUUGUGUGUGUUGUCUGGAGAAAAAAGUCUCUUUAAUAGGAUAUGAUGAUGAAAAAGUGUUGAUUCAAAUCUGUAAUUUGACGGGAAAAGUAGCAUGUAACAAUGAUACAGAAAAAUGUAUUGUUUUUAAUUUUGCGCUACAGUGGAAAAAUAAUAUUUACAGGUUAAACAAAGCAGUCUGGAAAACAAAGUUGUGUUUCAUCUUAAGAGUUGGUUUGCAAGAUUGAUUUCAAAUGAAAUGACAACUGGACACUGAAGAUCUGAGGACAAAAAGCGCCUUUAUCAAAAUACAAGAAAGACAACAACGUAUAAACAAAACAGCAAACAAUAAGCAACAAAUAAAAAUGUAACAAGAACACAUCAGCCCAGUCUUUGUUUAACUGUGUGUAUCAGAGCUAUGUUGGUACAUCUGAAAUAAAACUCAUGAGGUGUCCAAA